GGGCACUUCUCGGGCGGACGGAACGCUCCUCCCGCGUCCAGCCGCGACGGCGGGCUCCCUCGUCUUUCCUCUCGCAGGCACUGGGAGCGGGGCAUGCGCCCCUCGGCUGGGCGCGUUUGGCGAUGGAUUCCCACACCGCCAAAUUCGUGGGCUGCUUGUUCUGGCCGCUGGUCGUCUAUCUGCCGCUCGCCCAAGGAGUUGAUUGCAAACCCGGUUGCCAUCAAGUAAAUGGAUUUUGUGAAGUUUCCAAUGAAUGCAGAUGUCAACCUGGCUGGCAAGGCCCUCUCUGUGAUCAGUGUGUUCCUUUCCCUGGCUGUUUGCAUGGAACAUGUGUCAAACCAGGGCAGUGCAUGUGUGAAGAAGGAUGGAUCGGUAGCCGCUGUGACACAGUUGUUCAUCCUUGUUCUUCCAAGCCUUGUUCAAAUUACUCAAGGAAUUGUGUUGAGACUGGCAAUGGCGGAUACAUUUGCUUGUGCUCUCAAGGCUAUAUGGGAAAAAACUGCCAGAUGAAAAGAGGGCCCUGUAUUGUUAAUGGCUCACCUUGCCAAAAUGGAGGAACUUGUUUGGACGAUGAUGGGUUUGCACCUUAUGCCUCUUGCAUGUGCUUGCCAGGAUUUACUGGACAGUUUUGUGAGAUUGAUAUGGAUGACUGUGAACCAAACCCCUGUGAAAAUGGAGGCACGUGCACGGAUAUUGGCAAAAGCUUCCACUGCUCUUGUCCUCUUGGCUAUGGAGGUGUGUUGUGCAGUAACCGCAUCCCAGCUUGUGAUAGUAGCCCUUGUGAAAAUGGUGGGACAUGUCAUGGACAUCAUGGCAGAGGCUUCAAGUGCAUUUGCAAACCAUACUUUGUUGGGGCCACCUGUGGUUCUUCCACUAGAAACACAAGUGUGAAUGUGGUGGCUAAACACAGAGGGAAUCACAAUCACCACCUGCAUUUGAGAGGUCACCGUAAACCAGCUCAGCAGCAAGAAAAGGAAAUACUGACCAUAAAAGAGACAAUUGAAAACAGGCAGUCAUUGCUUACUAAGAGUCAGGUGAUCUGCUUCAUGGUUCUAAGCUUCCUUACAUGUCUUGUUGUUCUGGGUACAACUGGGAUUAUAUUUUUCUCUAAAUUUGAAGUAUGGCUAGCCAAUGCCAGAUACAGACAACUACUGCACAAGGAGAGGGAUUGCUUUCUAAAAGCAAAUGAUGAUGAGAAUUUUUCUGUUACAACAAUCUUUCCUGAGAAGAUUAAUCAGACUAAUGAAUAGGCUAUAUAGAGCCAAUCUUGUGAGAUAGAUCCUUUUUCAUUUUUGCUUGUAACGAAAAUUCUGGCUUUGGAACCAAUUGACAAAUAAGAAAGAUGCUUAGUUUUUGUCAGUCAUGUUUUCCCAAACAUUUUUUUUUCAGUUGAAAUCAUGUUGUGGACCAUGUUGUACAACCUUUUUGGGACUGAAGGCUAUAUUUAGAACUUGAGCGGAGAGCUAGGGAAGCAAAACAGAGGUGGUGGAGCCUUGCCCAUUUUUUAAAAAUUCAAUGUAAGUUUUCAUUUAUUUAGCUAAUUAACUAUAAUAUGAUUAUUCCCCAUAUAUUUAAUAUCUUUUCCAGUCUGUAACAUAUUUUAAAUUCAGCAGCAGCUUUUUGAGGGGCUCUGAAGAUCACACCAGGGCUUGGAAGAAGGAGGUGUUACAGUAUAUGCCAAUGUAACAGACUUAUGAAACUUAAUUUAGGUUGUAAUCCUAUAUUAUAUAUCUGGAAGUAAGUUCCAUUAAACUUCGUGGGGUUUGCUUCUGAACAGGCACAUGCACAGUUGAAUUAUUGCUAUUUUAAAUAAAAAGUCAAUGCAACAUUGUUAAGAUAACUAUCGUCAUAUUUUGUGCUAUGUUUGGCAAUUGUGAUAUUUCUAAAUGAUUUUCUAAUGCUUAUUUUGAAUAAAUAGUUAUUAAGGGCUA